CUCCUCUGAUUGGCUGAUGCUGCUGCAUACGUAACACAGACUUCCUGUUUUGUAACGGAGUCAACGUGUGUUACCAAACAGUGAAAUUAUCAGUCAACACAGCAGAGGGACAGCAGAGAGCAACUGUGUGUUUAAAGGCGAAAUUAAGGUUCACAGGAAUGGCUCAUACGUGUAUCCACUGGUUCCGCAAGGGACUCAGGUUGCAUGAUAACCCAGCACUGAUGGCUGCUCUGAGGGACUGUAAGGAGCUCUACCCCGUGUUCAUCCUGGACCCUCACCUCCAUAACAACUCCUGUGUGGGCAUCAACCGCUGGAGGUUCCUCAUUGGAGCACUCAAAGACCUGGACUGCAGCCUCCGAAAACUCAACUCUAGGCUGUUCGUGGUGAGGGGGAGGCCACAAGAUGUGUUCCCCAAGUUGUUCCAGAAGUGGAACGUAACAAAGCUGACCUAUGAGUACGACACAGAGCCCUACAGUCUGAGCCGUGACAAAAAAGUGACCGAGCUGGCCAAAGAGCAUGGAGUCGAAGUCAUCUACAAAAUUUCACACACUCUUUAUGACAUAGAGAGAAUAAUUGAGGAAAACAAUGGGAAGACUCCGCUUACGUACAACCGUUUGCAAGCAAUAGUGAAGGGCCUUGGUUCCCCGAAGAGGCCGAUCCCCGCUCCAACCAUGGAGAACAUGAAAGAUGUGAAGACGCCUUGUUCAGAAAAACAGGAGAAGAAAUAUGGGAUUCCUACGCUGGAGGAGCUCGGCCACGACACCACAUCUCUUGGAGAGGAUCUGUUCCCAGGAGGAGAGCGGGAGGCUCUCAGGAGACUAGAAGAACAUAUGAAAAGAACGGGAUGGGUAUGCGGCUUUGAAAAGCCACAAACUUCUCCAAACUCUUUGAGCCCCAGCACCACUGUUCUCAGUCCAUAUGUCACAUUUGGCUGUCUGUCGGCAAGAACCUUCUGGUGGAGGCUCGCGGAUGUCUAUCAGGGGAAAAAGCACUCAGCUCCUCCAGUUUCUCUUCAUGGCCAGUUACUCUGGAGAGAGUUUUUCUACACUGCCAGUGUUGGUAUCCCUAACUUCAACAAGAUGGAGGGCAACCAUGUGUGCACUCAGGUGGACUGGGACACAAACCCCGAGUAUCUAGCGGCAUGGAGAGAGGCUCGGACUGGCUUCCCCUUCAUUGACGCCAUCAUGACUCAGCUGAGACAGGAGGGCUGGAUCCACCACCUGGCCAGACAUGCUGUCGCUUGUUUCCUCACCAGGGGAGAUCUGUGGAUCAACUGGGAGGAAGGCCAGAAGGUGUUUGAGGAGCUUUUAUUGGAUGGCGACUGGGCUCUGAAUGCUGGAAACUGGCAGUGGCUGUCAGCGAGCACCUUCUUCCACCAGUUUUUCAGGGUUUACUCUCCUGUGGCCUUUGGCAAGAAGACAGACAAAAAUGGAGACUACAUCAAGAAGUACCUUCCUCAUCUAAAGAAGUUCCCAGCACAGUAUAUCUAUGAGCCCUGGAAAGCUCCACACAGUAUCCAGCAGGCAGCAGGAUGCAUUGUGGGUAAAGACUACCCGCGUCCAAUUGUAGAGCAUGAAGUGAUCAGCAAGAAAAACAUUCAGAGGAUGAAGAUGGCUUAUGCAAAGAGAUCCCCAGACACUACUGAGUCACCCAGCAAAAAGGAAGGUGCAAAGCGCAAGGCUCCAUCUGUUGUUGACAUGCUCAAGAAAAAAAGCAGAACAAACUAAUGGUACACAAAGUACUACCAAGUAAUGACGUUACUGUGGAAUCAGUGAUUGUUCAUUACAAAGCCUGCAGAUAUCCUCUUUUUUUCCCACCAUUUACUGGUUACUAUUUUAUAUUUUAAGCGCCUUUAUUUUAUUUGUACUUUUUCUAUUCUGUGAGUAAGUGAGUUUAAAUACUUUGGGUCAGAAGGACAUUUUUUGCAUCGAGAUUAAGUUACAUUUUCUAGUGUCCUCAUAUUGUCUGAAGACUACAGUUUGUUGUCAUGGCAAAUCCAUACUACUAUAAAUACUGCAGCAGGGUAGACUAUCUAGUGUUCACACUGGACAAGAGACAAGGUGAAGAAGAGUCUAUGCAGACUGGUGUGCACAAUUAAUAAGAUUGAAUUUUGCGUGUGCUGCUAAUGCAUGGUGUUCUCUCAGUGCAGUGCAAAGAAAAGGAUGAGCACAAUGCACAAUAGGAAAAAAUUAUUUCUGUUUAAUUAAAGAAACUUUCAAAAAAUCUUUUUAAAAAAUAUGUAUUUAAUCUUAAAAAAACACUCCAAAGUCACUGACUGACAUCUCACAUCAUACAUAUUUAUCUCCUGUUUGUAUAAAAUGGUAAAGUAGGGUGACAUAUUUUUAAAGUACAAGCUAAAACAGAAUUAGUGCAUCAUUAGUCCAUGGGUCAUACUGUAUAGGAUUAUUAUAGUAGUAUGGAUUUGGUAAACGGGUUCAGUCUGCUUAACAAGUAGGUCUUUGCCUGUUUAUUCAUUUAAAAUAGUAAAUAUGUUGCAUAUGACUACUCAGAUGUUUGUGUCCAAUUUAAAUAAAAAUUAUCCAAAAUAUAAACUGGA